AAGAUGGAGAGCGACCUCUCCCAGCUGCAGACGGAGGUGGAGGAGGCCAUCCAGGAGUGUCGCAACGCCGAGGAGAAGGCCAAGAAGGCCAUCACCGACGCGGCCAUGAUGGCGGAGGAGCUGAAGAAGGAGCAGGACACCAGCGCCCACCUGGAGAGGAUGAAGAAGAACAUGGAGCAGACGGUGAAGGACCUUCAGCUGCGGUUGGACGAGGCCGAGCAGUUGGCCCUCAAGGGGGGGAAGAAGCAGCUCCAGAAGUUGGAGACCAGGGUCAAAGAGUUGGAGGCCGAGCUGGAGGCCGAGCAGAAGAGACACGCCGAGAGCGUCAAGGGCCUCCGCAAGGCCGAGAGGAGGGGCAAGGAGCUCACCUACCAG